UAUGGAUUAUUCUUUAACCACGAUAUAACCUAUACAUGCACAUUGCAUUGUAGCCCAACUGUCCAAGGGAUAAAUUUGCCGGCUUCCAAUUCUGUUAUUUAUAUUAUCAAUUUGUUUGUCUUCACACCUAAGCCAUUUUCACCUUGAGAGUCUCCCCUUCAGCUUCCAUUAUUGUAAUCAAAUAGCAAGAGAUAAAGGUUUCAUUCAUGGAGACAAACCAAAGAAGUUUCAGAAUUCUUAUGUUCCCAUGGUUAGCACAUGGACAUAUUUUUCCUUUUCUUGAAUUAUCCAAGAAAUUACUUUCGAAGAAAAAUUUCAAAAUAUACUUUUGUUCGACACCCGUCAAUAUUGAUUCAAUGAAGAACAGUUUGCAGAAAGAUUUAUCAGAUUUUUCAAUAGAAUUUGUUGAACUUCAUUUACCAUCACUGCCUGAACUUCCACCACAAUAUCACACAACCAAAAAUGUCCCACCAAAUCUUAUGCCAACCCUUAUGCAGGCUUUUCAGUUGUCAAGUUCAAGCUUCUCCAGCAUCAUCAGCAACUUGAAGCCUGACUUACUGAUAUAUGAUGGGUUCCAACCCUGGGCUCCCAAACUUGCUUCAUCACAAGGUAUUCCUGCCGUUCUCUUUUCUAUUUCUGGAGCAACACAGUUAUCAUUUUUCCAUCAUAUGCAUACAUAUGGGAAUGCUACUAAUUUCCCUUAUCCUGCAAUAUAUUCUUGGGAUUACGAACUAAAGGAUCUGAAAGCUCAAGGAGAAUCAAUAAAAGUUAAAGAUGCAGAUGAAGGUUUUGCAUUUGGGAUAUUCAAACAAUCUCGUGACAUUGUUUUGGUCAAGACCUGUAAAGGAAUAGAGGAAAAAUACAUUGAUUAUCUUUCAAUCUUGUGCCACAGAAAAAUAGUUCCUGUAGGCCCUCUUGUUACAGAUACUAAAAACGAAGAGGAAAAUUCAGAAAUCAAGAAAUGGCUGAGUACAAAAGAUCAGUUUUCUACUGUGUAUAUUUCCUUUGGCAGUGAAAAUUACUUGUCCAAGGAACAGAUGGAAGAAAUAGCAGUAGGGUUAGAGUUAAUCAAUGUAAACUUUAUAUGGGUUGUUAGAUUUCCUGCUGGAAAUGACAUAAGAGUCGACGAAUACUUGCCGGAGGGAUUCCUUGAAAGGGCGAAAGAGAGGGGGAAAAUUCUGCAGGGAUGGGCACCACAGGCAGAAAUCUUGUCACAUUCAAGUAUUGGCGGUUUUAUGAGCCAUUGUGGGUGGAGUUCUGUCAUUGAAACCAUUUAUUUUGGGGUUCCACUAAUAGCCAUGCCUUUGAAACUCGAUCAGCCUAUAAAUGCUAGAAUGGUGGUCGAGGCUGGUGCAGCUGUCGAGGUCAUGAGAGAUGACGACGGGCGGUUUAGGGCAGAAGAGGUGGCCAAGGCUGUAAAGACGGCUGUUUUGGAGAAGAGUAGUGGGGAAGGUUUAAGGACUAAAGCUAUGGAAUUGAGCCAGAAAAUGAAAAUGGAGGAAGAAGCAGCCAUAAAUGAAGCAGCAGAUCAGCUAUGGCAGAUUUGUAUGAAAAAUCCCGAUAUUGUGCAAUUUUCUUGAACAAUACAGUUCAGAUAAAUAAAGGGUAUAUUUUAG